AUGGAUCGUUCAACCUAUAGUGACACACCACCCAUGGAUAAAUCAUGGAAAUGCAGGGAUUGUGGGAAAGGAUUCAGAUUCCCAUCUAUGCUGGAAAGCCAUCGGCGUAGACACACAGGGGAAAGGCCAUUCACCUGCAAUGACUGUGGGAAGGGAUUCGCUCAUUUAUCCACCUUGCAAAAACAUCAGAGAACUCACACUGGGGAGAAACCAUUCACCUGCCAUCAAUGUGGGAAGAAAUUUGCUCAGCUAUCCACGUUACGUACACACCAGAGAACUCACACCGGAGAGAAACCGUUUACCUGUCCUGAGUGUGAGAAAGGUUUUGCUUAUUUAUCCACAUUACAUGCACACCAGAGAACUCACACUGGGGAGAAACCAUUCACCUGCUCUGAGUGUGAGGAGGGUUUCAGUCAUUUAUCCAGCUUGCAGAAACACCAGAGUACUCACACAAAGGAGAAACCAUUCACCUGCCUCGAGUGUGGUAAGCAAUUUACCCAAUUCUACAGUUUACGGAGACACCAAAGAACUCACACUAGGGAAAAAUUGUUCACUUGUCCCAAGUGUGGGAAGGGAUUCACUCAGUCAUCUGCCCUGCUGACGCACAAAAGAGUUCACACUGGGGAGAGACCUUUCCAAUGCCCAGACUGCGGGAAGUGUUAUAAAAGUUCUGGGGAACUGAUGUCCCAUCAACUUGUUCACACUGACGAAAGACCGUUCAGGUGCUCUCACUGCGGGACUGGGUUCAAGCGAUCUUCUCACCUCACUGCACACCUGCGAAUUCACAGAGUGGAGCCACUGUUUACCUGCUCCAAGUGUGGAAAAGGCUUCUCUCAGUCAUCCAAGCUACUGAGGCACCGGCGAGUUCACAAGUGA